GAGAGCCAGCGCAGUUGUAGCAUUACAGAGAAGGGCACGCUGCUUAUUCUACACUUCACUACCAAAUUCCGAAUGGCCCUCUACUACUCCUCUCUUUUCUUCAACCCUGCACUCAUUUCCGCCAUCCAACCGUCUAACACUCCUCUCUUGCUCACCCCAGUCCGUAUCCUACGCUUCCGCCAUUCGAAACCCUUCUCCCAAUUCACCUUAGCAAAACAUCCCCGAGCCUCGCCGCCACACAAGUACACGUACCCGGACCCCAUUCCAGAAUUCGCUGUAGCUGAGACACAGAAGUUCAGGUCUGAGCUUCUGAGGAAGCUUUUGAAGGACAAGGAUACAUUCGGGGAUAACCUUAAUGAGGUUAUAGAUGUCUGUACAGAGAUAUUUAGUGAAUUCUUGCACAAGGAGUAUGGAGGACCAGGGACAUUAUUGGUGGAGCCUUUCACAAAUAUGUUGGUUGCUCUCAAGCAGAAACAGUUGCCUGGAGCACCUUUGGCUGCAAGGGCAUCCCUGUUAUGGGCACAAAACUACGUCGAUCAGGACUGGGAAGUUUGGAACUCCAACCUACCGAAUUGAUUUCUCUUCAUAAUUUUAUAUUUCUAAAAGUCAAAAUUCCAUGUUGUAAUUAAACUCAUGGUCAUUGGGACGAACUCACAGGAAAAGGUUGAGGCAAGUUCUGUAUAUAUUUCAAAAUAUCACUUUCAAUACAGUAAGCGCCCCUUUUGUAUCCACAGUGGGAUGUUGUCCCACUAGAAAUUAUUUGAAUUUGGAGCUGUGGUUGAUGAUGGAUUGGAAAUCUUGGUAGCUUCAUGGAUUUGAGGAAUCCUUCUGCUCAUCUUGGGAGUCCAUCUAUGUGGAUCAUCAGGGUUUGAAAGUGGCAAUCCAUUACUUUAUCCAACACGUGUCACACACGCCAUUAUACAAUUGAAUGGUGAAAUUACUAGUCAGCUUCCUGCCUCAGAGAUGCUCUGCAAUGAGGGGCGCCAAAAUUUUGAUCUCAUUACUGCAGAGUUCGUUGAUGGUGUCCUUACUCGCUGUCUUUCAUGUUUCAUCACCUGAAAGUUUUGGCAUGUUUAUAGGAUCAGUACAGAUGGAUGACAACAGCUUCUUUUCAAAUGAAGAUGAGUACUUUAUGCAGGUAAUAUCUCUUAUUCAGCUGCUGCACUAUUGUGGAUAUACCAUCAGCAGAACCUCUGCCAGUUUAGUUGGUCAUUUUCCAUGCUGCUAACUAGAUCGCUUAUUGUUAAUGUCAAAAUGAUUGUGAUAUAUAUAGUUGGAUGACAUAACUAUAUGUGCUUGAUGUAAUCAUCCUUCCACCUAAUGAAUGUAAUGGUACUUCGACAAGAAGGAUUUCAAGCUCAUAUAAUGUUAGCUGUCAUAAACACAGAUAAUUCAAGCAGGCAUGGUUUUGGAUUACAGCCAGUUCACUAA